CAGUUUGGCAUAGAACUCUCAAGAUAGAAGAUUGCUUUGUUACGCACUCGGAACGAAAUGCUUAGAUUCAAUUUAUUCUACUAUUUUGUCAUACCACUUCUAACGUGCGUUGAGUGCAGUGAUUUUUUCCAGUGUGGUCAACGUCAAGUCAGUGCUCCAAACAUUACAAUCGCAGCAAGCGACACCUAUCGAGGCCAGUGGCCGUGGCACGUGGCGAUCUACCUUGCAAGACCCAAUCAAAGGCUAAAUUACACGUGCGCUGGUACCUUAAUAGGGACGAAAUAUGUUCUAACGGCUGGUCAGUGUACUCGGGACCAGAAUGGAAACGAAGAAUUGAGCGAGAAAUUCUUCAUUCGAUUGGGAGCCUACGAUCUGGGCCGAGUGAACCGGAACUUUGAGCGGUAUCGGACAGUGCAGCGAAUUCAUCGAGCUCUUGAAGAUGAAAGAGAACUAGUUGAAAUGGCGGAUGAUGUCAGGGAUCGGAGGGUGGAGGUUGCGAUUUUGGAGCUGGAAACUCACGUAAGAUUUACUAGAUACGUCCAACCGGCCUGCGUUCAUCCUCAAGCUAUUUUUUUCACGAAUGCCACGGUCAUUGGAUGGAGAUCUACAACGAAUCAUAGCUCGUCCGCGGAGCUUAGAAAUUAUCUAAUGCCAAUUCUUGAUGAUUAUGAUUGUCUCUACUCAGAGUUUGGGCCUUUCUUCAGAGAAAUGCCAUGGUGUGUCGGAAUUCCAAUGGCACUGGCCUCUGUUACGGGGAUGUAGGAGGAGGUCUUUACAACGUAGUAGACGGCAUGUGGCACGUUAUAGGCGUAUUGUUUGAGGCCCCUCCAAAAGAAAAUGACCAAAGAUGUGUAACAAAGAGUUACGCACUGUAUAAUUCAGUUGAUUACUAUAAACAAUUUAUUUUGAAAUAUACUGGAUUGUCGUAUCUUGAUAGAGACAAAACGACGAUUAAUGCCACGGAUAUAAAAUCAUCACCGAAACGCUCAAAUUUGUUUCCAAAACAAUGUGGAAAUUUUAUUCCCAAUAAGCAACCUGACAGUGAAGACGUACACACUAUGGAACAGCCUUGGUUGGCCAUUAUUGGAAGAAAAGAUGCAGAUAAGAAACCUUCCUUUUACUGUUUAGGAACACUCAUCAACAAACGCUAUGUGUUGACUUCUGCUGCCUGCAUUUAUAAAGGGGGCAUGAACACGGUGCGAUUAGGAGAGAAUAGUCUGAACAAGAUUAAAAAUUGCAGUGUGAACCCCGAACCCGAUUGUUUCCUACUUGCUCAGGACUUUGAAGUUCAGUACCACAUUCAUCAUGAAAGUUACGACAAAAAAAAUCAAAUACAUGAUAUUGGAUUGACACGCUUGUUGAAAGAUGUUGUAUAUCAAGAUCAUAUUCAACCUGUGUGUCUGCCAGUUACUGACGACCUCAAAAAGCAACAACUUUCUCAGUACGUUUUAGCUGGCUGGCAUGAAGGGUGGAACACUUUUUUAUCGUUUGUGAAGCCGCAAAAGGAGACGGUUCAAAGAAUGGAACUCACCGAGUGUCUUGAGCAGCGAAAAUCAUUAAACUCUUCCAUAAAACUAUUUGAGGAUGCCAUUUUUUGUACCAAUGAUACCGUCCAUUUCUCAAAAUGUAUUGGAUACGGUGGGGAACCACUGGGAUAUCCAGUCCAGCACAACAACGAACGCUAUGUUCAGUUUGGAAUAAGAUCAUUUAGAGACAAUUGUAGAUUUUUCUCUUUGGUUUACACGAACAUUUCAUAUUACAUGGAUUGGAUUAUGGACAACAUGGAGAUGGAUGCCCCACAAGAAGGUCGCGUCCUUUUGAAAAGAAAGGGGACCGAUUUCUUGAUUAGGUCCUAAACAUUUUAAUAGAAUUUGAACAUCAUAUUAAUUUUUUUUUAAACUUUUGAAUUUUAAGUCCAAAAUUCUAAAUUCGAUAUUUUUAUGAAUUAGGUCGGCUGCCAUGCUAUCUUGUCGCACGUGCAUUUUGAGCCAAAUUGAGUUAGGAAUACGUUUUUUUUAAAUCUCUCAAUGCCUCACCUUUACUUUAAAAAACUCCGUGCAUUAUUGUCACUCUUUAUAUGAAAGAAGUUCCAAUUUUGUCGUGCUGUCUUGACACACCCUGAAAAUUGCUGUAAGUGCGACAACUGGUCAAAGGGAUUUCAGAUCAGAACGCGUUUGACAAACGUACAUGCCCGAAUACCGUAAACAUUUGUAAUUACCUAUAACUCGGGACUUCUGCAACCAAAUUCAACCAAACUUCGGGACAAUGCACAUAAUGGUCAGCCAAACAAUAACUUUUUGUUAUUGUUUACAUUGCGUGUUCUAGUUUUUGUUUAUUCAUGGCCAAACAUUAAAACGCGUUUUUCUCGGAACGUCAAAAAGCGACAAGAUAGCACGACAGUGACACUCCUUUGAGAUUUUAAGAUACCAACUGUAAUUCAAACAUUUUCUACAACCGAUAGAAACCUCGCUGAUUGUCAUGACCUCCCACGAUUCUCCAACCAUUCAUAUGUGACAAU